ACUGAUCAGUGAUUCAAACGGUUAGUCAUCCCACCUGCAACAGUUGGGAAACUAUUAACCAGAUAAGACACCUUUUAAUAAAAGUAGCUAAUCACUAAAACUACUGUGGGCCCCAGAACAUACAGAUAUCGAAGGAACCACAUAUGCCGACAAUACAGCCAAAUUUGCUUGCAAUUCACCAAUUGUAUUCAGCCCCAAAACAGAAUGACUCGACAUACAUAAAACGACACAUAAAUUCAUACAUAUAGCCACACGCCGUCAAUUACUAAAAAAACUACAAGCAUGAGCACUACUCCAACAUCAAUCAAGCUGGAAACCCUCCACUCUACCCAAAAAAUAUACAUGGGUUUCAAACUCGAAUUUUCACACCACACCAAACACCCCAUUUGCACUAGCUGUAACAUAAACCAGACAUUGCAUCACAUCCUCGACAAAUUUCAAAAAAGAAAUAUUAAAUUCAGAACCUAUAAACGACUUCCUUGCCAUUCCCAGUCACUCAAACAUCGAAAAAAUCGCCGAAUUCAUCAAAACUAAAGAAAUGAUAGUCUAAUAAAUUAACCAAAAUCUACAGACGACACAGAGCUGAUGGCCUCGUAAGCCAACGCUCAAACAUACUUUUAGUACUGAUAUUCAUGACAGCCACUAAAUAAUAAUAAUAAACUUACAUUAUGGCUACUUUGCUUGCUGGAAAUAUCGUCUACGGAGGACCAAUUACCUGCACUGAAACACAUUCGUGCAAAUCUUUAGGCCAUUUUGUGCUCGAGAAAUAUAAGAGUUUUGGUAAUCAAACGGUUAUAAUUGAUGCAGUUACUGGCCAGGAGUAUACAGCUAAAUAUAUGUAUGACUCUAUUGUUCGUAUGGCCUAUGUGUUACAACAUUUGGGCGUAAAAAAUGGAGAUGUUGUGGGAUUAUCGAGUGAAAAUAACGUUCGUUUUGCCAUUACCUUAUUUGCUUCAUUCGUGGUGAAUGCUGCAGUGGCGCCCUUAAACGUAACCUACACGGAGCGUGAAGUACAUCACGCCAUCAAUCUAUCUAAGCCAAAGGUUAUAUUUGUUUCAAAUUUAACGGCAGAUCUCAUAGCAAAGGUGGCAAAAAAGAACAGCUUCGUAAAAACAGUUAUUACAUUUGGUACUCGUAGUUCAGAUGAUAAAAUUUUAAAUUUCGAUGACCUUAUGAACAGCAAGGAAAUUAUAUCAGACGAGUACUUUGAAACGCCUGUCGCAAACAAAGAGGAUGAUGUUGCGUUGAUAGUAUGUUCUUCGGGUACUACUGGACUCCCAAAAGGCGUGCAACUAACACAGUACAACAUUCUUACCACACUUGAUGCACAGUUUGAGUCAACCGCUAUUCCUAUGGGCGAGACCACAUUACUAACAGUGAUUCCUUGGUUUCACGCGUUUGGUUGUCUUACACUAAUUACAACAUCGGUUUUGAGAGCAACUCUAGUGUAUCUGCCGAAAUUUGAGGAAAAUCUUUUUCUCGGAGCAAUUGAGAAAUAUCGCAUAGUGAUGGCAUUCAUGGUGCCGCCAUUAAUGGUCUUCUUAGCAAAACACCCACUUGUGGAUAAAUACGAUCUAUCAUCGUUGAUGAUUUUGGUUUGUGGCGCGGCACCACUUAGCAAGGAAACCGAGGAUCAGAUAAAAAAGCGCAUUGGCAUACCCGUUAUUCGACAGGGAUAUGGACUGAGCGAGUCGACUCUAAGUUUGUUGGUUCAAAACGAUAUUGCCUGCAAGCCGGGCAGUGUGGGUGGUCUUAAAACGGGCGUUUAUGCGAAAGUUAUCGAUCCGGAAACAGGAAGAACACUUGGUCCUAAUCAACGUGGGGAAUUGUGCUUUAAGGGCGGUUGCAUUAUGAAGGGCUAUAUUGGUGAUCCAAAGUCUACGCAGUCAGUGAUAAAAGAUGGUUGGCUGCAUACGGGUGACAUCGGUUAUUUCGAUGAUGAUUUUGAAUUUUUCAUUGUGGAUCGAAUUAAGGAGUUAAUUAAGUACAAAGGCUUCCAAGUACCUCCAGCUGAAAUUGAGGCUGUGCUCUUGGCACAUCCGAAAAUUAAGGAUGCGGCUGUUAUUGGAAAACCAGAUGAAGAAGCUGGCGAAUUAGCAAUGGCAUUUGUUGUAAAACAGCCUAAUGUGGAACUAAGUGAAGAUGAAGUGAUAACAUUUGUAGCAGAUCGUGCGUCACCAGCGAAACGUUUACGUGGUGGUGUAAUUUUUGUGGAUGAUAUUCCGAAAAACCCCAGUGGCAAAAUAUUGCGCCGAGUGUUAAGAGAUAUUUUGAAGAAGCGGCUAUCAAAACUAUAA